AUGGAGAAAGAACGGACUGGUUUUCAAACUCAGCAAGAAUGCCAUCCUACUGAAUUAGUUGAUGGCGGACAUCUCAACAAAGUAGUAACCGUCCAAGAGCUUCGAAAUGCCAUCCCCGACUAUUGCUUCCGGCCAAAUCUCUUCUGGUCCUUCUUCUAUCUCGCCCGCGAUUUAAGUUACUCCGCUAUCUUGCUCGGUAGCCUCCAUUACCUGCUUCAUACCGAGUUUGUGAGUCAGUCGACCAUUGCGUACUAUGUGGUGGUCAACGCGUAUGGGUUCGCUCAAGGGGUCGUGUGGACGGGGUUGUGGGUUAUCGCCCACGACUGCGGCCAUAGUGGCUUUUCUACCUCCGGUCUUCUAAAUGACCUUAUUGGCUUUACUCUGCACUCAGCCUUGCUUGCACCAUACUUCUCUUGGAAGUCAACGCACCGUCGUCACCACAUCUAUGCUAACCACAUUGAGAAAGAUCUCAACUAUGUUCCACCCCGACGGGAUGACUAUGCGGAGAAGAUCGGCCAGGCAGCGGAGAUGCUCGAAGAAGUCGGCCAAGAUGCCCCGUUUGUCUUGUUCCUUCGCAUUAUACUGCAGCAGACCAUUGGAUGGAAUUGGUAUAUUUUAUCCAACAUCACGUGCCCUCCUACGGCUGUGAUCAAACAGGGUAUGUCUGCUUGGAGACACAGCCAUUUCGACCCGUGGGGAGCGAUGUUCCGCGAGUCAGAAAAGAUGGCCAUCUUGCUGUCUGAUAUCGGAUGUUUGACAACAAUUGCGGCACUAUAUCACCUGUAUCAUGUGUUUGGCUCCUUCGAGACCCUGUUCUGGGUUUACAUUGUCCCUUGGACAUGGGUAAACCACUGGAUAGUGAUGAUCACCUAUCUUCACCAUACGCACCCGUCAGUGCCAAAGUACACUGCAGACUCAUGGACCUUCCUUCGCGGUGCCACGGCCACCAUUGACCGCGACUUUGGUAUCAUAGGCACGCAUUUCAUGCACCACAUUUCCUCCGACCACGUCACGCACCACCUCUUCUCUCGUAUCCCUCAUUACUAUAGUCCGAUUGCAAGUAAAGCGAUCAUUCCCCUUCUCGGAAAACACUACCACGGUCGCGGCAAGUUUCGCUACGAGGACCUCCAGAUCGCAUUUCGUGAUUGCCAAUGGGUCGAAGAAGAUGCAACCAAAGACAUGAAUUUUGGUCUACGAAUAGACGGUGAGUCCUUCAACCGCAACGAUGAAGCGUUAUGGUACCGCGGUGGCGUCAGCCCAGCACCUGAGUUCAAGAUGCGAGGAUCGGCCUUUGUGCCCAAGAAAACUGCAUGA